AUGCAGGUUGGCGUGAUUCUUGGUAUGUACAAGAACGUGAACUCCGUUCGACGCAUUUCGUUGUCUCCGCAUGCCUUCGCAAGAAAUCACAGCAUGGAUUUUCAUCAGCACCUUCCUCCACAUUCCUUCCAUUCAUGGCCGACUCUAGAUAGUCCGGAUGAAUGCAGAGUUGGCGAUGUGUCUUCACCAAAGUCUGAUGAAUCGAAUCUCGGUGCGAGCACUCCGCAGAGCGCGCCAGUCACUAUGGACAAUUCAGAGAGGUCGAUUAGGACUACCAUUUUGGAUCAGCCGCGCAGCAUAUACACCGCUUUCGUUUCGACUCUUACAGCGCGCAGUUUGCGCCGCAAAGGUAUGCGCAAGGUGCUUCAGAGGCUGGAGAGCGUUUGCACGAAGACAGUGAGCAAGGUUGUUGCGAUGUUACAGCGAUCGCCAGUCACCUAUGCCGAAGCUGCCAGAAGCAGUAAAAAGCCACGGAUUGUCGACUUCGGUGUG